AGAUUGAGGGUGUACACUCUGGUGUUCUGUUACGCAUGGGAUGGAGCUGGGUCAAGCUCUGUCUGCAUGCGUGUGUCUGUGUGUGUGUGUGUGUGUGUGUGUGUGUGUGUGUGUGUGUGUGUUUGUGUGUGUGUGUGUGUGUGUGUGUGUCUGUCUGUCUCUGUGUGUGUGUGUGACUGUGUGUGUGUGUGUGUGUGUGUGAGAUGGGGCAGACGUUUGAGGAACUGUGACACCAGAAUCAGUAAAUUAUGUAAGCCUAGAUCUGCUUAGGCAUCUUUGAAGCAGGAUCAUCAGAUCAGGGUGUACUUUCCUUCUGUCUACUGGAGCGGAACUAAAGCUAAAGACACCUCGCUCAUAUUUUGUUGGAAGACCAGGAAAUAUUAUUUUGCUCUUGGAACCAUUGACCCUCAUCUGGACAACGUCUCAUUAUGCUCACUAUGCCUUUUACUCCAAUUUGAAUUGAUGGCGUUGCUGCCUGGAGUCAGGGCCAUUAUCAAUCGCCGUAAUGUAAUCUAGCCUAAAAGACCCAUGUGUAUCAUAAUGUCCCCUUUCUGAGCUUAGCAGAAAAUGAGUCAGAAUUAGUAUUCGGUCUGAGUUGAUCUGACAAUGUUACUGUUCGUUGUGUGUGAGGUCUUGGUCCCCUCAAAGGAGGAAGUGGUAGAAACGGGCUCAUUAGCAACGAUUCAGGUGAACAAUGGGUGGAAAUGAGAGUGGGGUGCUCCGUGUUAGGAGCGUCUUGACUUGGCAUGGUGUAAUCAGCCCUGGAUCGGAUAGUUUAAUGACAGAGCAGAGAGAAGUGGAGGGUCAGCUCCCAGACACCACCUGCUGCUGCUGCCUUGCAGGCAGGAAAGAGAGAAAGCUCCUCCGGAAUGUCUCUCUCUUUCUUUCCCUUUGUCAACUACCACUUUUGUCAUGCCCACCCUCCUUCCCUCUCCCGCCUUAAGAAAACAGAGAGGGAAUGAUAGUGCCAAAUGGGUGCAUUUGCCACGUUGCCACAUCGGGCUGACUCAUCUCUCUGUUGUUCAAGCUGCCCUGAAGCUGAGCAGUCAAGUUGGUGUAUCAAUCCCUUUGUGUCUGGUUGUGGCUUUCUAACAGUCCCUGUCUCUGCGUGUUGGAGUCCUGCUCUUUGUCUUGUGAGAAAGACUCUCCGCGGCAGCAGCAAUCAAGCAAUUUCAGUGCCUGAGGCGUCUUGACAACCAGAUCCAGAAUGCUGAAACCAGAAUGGAUCCUCCAGGUCAUCUGAGACAGUGUCAGUGUGUCCUCCCUGCUCUCCCUCCUUUGUGGUCCUCUCGUCCCCGAGCCUCGUACCACGGGGAACCGCCUGCCUCCUCCUCUCCUGGCAGCAGACCCCCUGUAACGGCGUAGAGGUGGAUUAGCGACCCUGUAAAUAUGCCUGGAUGGAGGUCUCAGUGCCGUCUCGUCCUGCUGAACUCCCUGACCUGCGGCCUGGAGAUCUGCGUGGCAGCUGGGAUCACAUACGUGCCCCCCCUGCUGCUGGAGGCUGGGGUAGAGGAGCAAUACAUGACCAUGGUGCUAGGUAUCGGCCCAGUGUUAGGUCUCAUCUUCAUCCCUGUGAUUGGCUCAGCCAGUGACCACUGCAACAGCAGCUAUGGCCGCCGUCGGCCCUUCAUCUGGCUGCUGUCCCUGGGUGUCCUCCUAGCCCUCCUCAUCAUCCCCCAUGCCGACCUGCUGGCUGCCUACUUCACCUGGGGCGGACGCACCCUAGAAGUGGCCUUCCUCAUCCUCGGUGUGGGCCUGCUUGACUUCUGUGGCCAGGUGUGCUUCACGCCGCUAGAGGCGCUCCUCUCGGACCUGUACCGCGACGAGGAGGACUGCAACCAGGCCUUCGCCAUGUUCUCCUUCAUGGUUAGCCUCGGGGGCUGCGUGGGCUACCUGCUGCCUGCGCUGGACUGGAGCCGGGGCCUGCUGUCGGUCUACCUGGGCGGCCAGGCAGAGUGCCUCUUCUUCAUGCUCAUCCUCAUCUUCGUGAUCAGCGUGCUGAUCACCAUGAAGGUGUCGGAGGAGCCACCGUGUGCUGGUGUGGCGGCCCUGGAGCCAGCUCCUCUCCUAGAGGCGGGCCGCUGCGGCAUUCCACGCUCCUGCUGCUACCUGCUCAAAUGCAAACUGCGGCUGCUCAAGUCGGGCCCGCUGCUAUGCCUGCUGAGGACGUUCUGGUCCAUGACGCCAGCCAUCUACCGCAGCUACUGCCACGUGCCCCAGGUAAUGAGGCAGCUGUGCGUGGCCCAGCUCUGCAGCUGGAUGGCCGUCAUGUCCUUUAUGCUCUUCUACACAGACUUUGUGGGGGAGGGGCUGUACGAGGGCGUGCCCAGUGCCGCUCCCGGAACCGCCUCCAGGCAGCGCUACGACGACGGCAUCCGUAUGGGCAGCCUGGGCCUGUUCCUGCAGUGUGCUACCUCUACUGUCUUCUCCCUGCUCAUGAGCCGACUGGUCCGCCAUUUUGGCUCGCGCCGGGUCUACCUGAGCAGCAUGGUGAGCUUCACCAUCUCUGCCCUGGUCAUCUGUAUGUCCAAGAGUGUGGUCCUGGUCACCGUGAUGUCGGCUCUGACCGGCUUUGCCUAUGCCACGCUGCAGACGCUGCCGUACACCCUCACCUGCCACUACCACAAGGAAAUGGAGGUUUACAUGCCAAAAAAGAAAACAAAAAACUUGCUUAAGUACGGGAUUGUGAUCAAGCAGGACUCGAUCACGCAUUUGACACCCGUGGCUGAGGAGGGGGGGCUGGCCCACAAACUGGGGGGCAACAACGGGCAUGCCUUCUUCAGCCAAGACGGCUCAGACUACUACCCCCCUCCCCAAAGCCAGAAUGGGUCGUCCCACAAAGCCACGGGCCCCGAGCAGGAUGAGCCAGAGGGCUACGAGAAGCGCGGCGUAGGGUUGGACUUUGCCAUCCUGGAUAGCACCUUCCUCCUCUCUCAGGUCUUUCCCACUCUCUUCAUGGGCAUGAUCGUUCAGUUCACAAAGUCCGUCACUGCCUAUAUGGCCUCCUCCGCCAUCUUUGGCAUCAUCGCUAUCUAUCUGGCCAACCACAUCAUCUUUGACCAAAAGGACCUCAAGAGCUGAAAGAACCAGGAACCAAGAGUGAAGGAAUGCACCCCUGGCUGCACUACCACUCCCUGCGCUUGCAACGCUCCAGUGUCUUCGCUGACCGUUGCCAUGGCAUUACCAAUGAAUUGCAAUGAGGCAGCCCGUUUAUACGUUUGUGUGUAUGUGUGCGGCAGGAAUGAAAGGAAAAUGUAUACCCAUGACAAUUGUUCCCUCCAGAAUUUACUGCAGCUAGUUACUGUGUCUACAAGAGAGAGACUGUGUCUGUGUAUUUAGAGUGUCUCUCACCUUGUUCCUCUCAGACACGUAGAUGGCCUCUCAGAAGGGUCAUUUCUCCUUCUCCUCAGGUACAGCUAGCUUCACAGCAUGAGCGGACUCCAUCGGCCCUUAGACAACUGGAAUACAGAUUUAUUACCAUUUCACUCUCGUCUAUGUGAGGAGUUUGUCAAUGCUAUAUAUUUAAAACAGUCUGCUGUUAGGGCUGGAUUCAAUCCGUACUGUGGAAGAUCUGUGUUAAAAUGUAAAUGUAAUUUCCGAAUAAGCCGACAGCAUUUACCGUGAAUGCAGUACGCGGGAAUGCGGGAACAUUGCCUAUAACGUGGAUCUUCCGUGAUACUUCUGCAAUAUGGAUCGAAUCCAGCCCUUAGUCAAAGUCAACAGGAGAUUAUUGCCCACUUCUCAUGCAGACUGGCCAAGAGAGAAAAAUACCCAAUUUGGAGAGCCCAUCACCUGCUUGGGAAAGGAUCUGGGCUCACAUAGCUCCAUGCUGCUAAUGUAGGGGCAUUUCUGUCUGUUUGUUAUUCUCAGCCAGGUUGUGCUUGCAGUCACAAUGGGUGGAUUAUGCAUUGCUUACUGAAACAUACAUGUUAUCACACACGUGAUAAGUCCAAUGAGACCAUUGGACUUGUUCGUCAAGAAACUGCAAAUAGAAAAAUUGGGAAUAACUGGGGUAACUGGCCCCUAGUUUUGGAUGGUUUUUGAUAAUAAGCAGGUUUACUGUAUAUAUUUUGUAUAUGAAUUCAUAUAUUUAUAUUCCUAUGGGAAUUUCUUAUGCAACCUGUUUGGGUGAGGUCAUCUGUGUAACUGUGGUGUUGUUAGAAUGAAGUGGCUCAAUGGCAUCAUUGCAUUUUUGUUUGAAGUCUGUCAUCUCAGGAUAGUCACCUCUUUUCUAGAAAUUUCAGACAGUGCCAUAUUGUGCUAUUUAUUACAUCAUUUCUACUGCCACUAUCACGUUCAAUCUGAAAUGACACUAGGAAAGUAAAUGAGGUGAAUUAACCAAUGCUGUAAAAAAUUCAGGUGCACUUCUUUUUGGAAACUCAAUUAAUAUUCCCAUGAGCAAAAUACCAAAAAGUCAUACUAGCAACACUGCAGUGUUACAGUGAACUGGGUUACUGAAAAUAGUUUUGGUAUGCAAGAUGACAGUUUUUUUGUGUUCUGUCAUAUUUUUUAUGCUUUUCUCAUUGUACAUCUCUUUGGAAGGUCAACAUGGGUCUGUGAAAAGGUGUGUGUGUGUUUUUUGUUGUUGUUUAUUUUACUAUCCUUGUGGGGACCAGAAGUCCUCACAAGGAUAGUAAAACAAGGAAAAUUCGGACAAGUGGCGACAUUCCACCGGUCCCCACAAGGAAAAAGGCUGAUUUAGAGGUAAGGGUUAGAAUUAGGGUUUGGAGUAAGUGUUAGGUUUAGAGUUCAGGUUUAGGGACUCAAUUGUUUGGUCCCCACAAGGAUAGUAAAACAAACUUGUGUGUGAAUUUCAUAGCGCAGUGGAGAGAGCAGGGCAACAUGACAUGACUUUGGAUGCAGUCUCUCCUGGAGUUCCAGUCACCUAACAGAAUACUGCACACAAAUAAUAGCUAUAAGCUACAGACUUUCUGUAUCUCAUCUGCUGCUGUACACUGUGGCCAGUUUAUUAGGUACAACCAUUUAGUACUGGGUCGGACACCCCUUUGCCUCUAGAACAGCCUGAAUUCUUCGGGGCAUGGAAACUUCGCUCAACUGUUACCGUUGACACCAAGCAGGAUUGGGCCAUGGACUCAUAUUGUUUACGCCAAAUCCUGACACAACAGGAACUGUGAUUUGUCAGAUCAGGCUAUGUUUCUCCACUCCUCAAUUGUCCAGUGUUGGUGAUUGCGUGCCCACUGGAGACGCUUCUUCUUGUUUUUAGCUGAUAGGAGUGAAAUCCGGUGUGGUGGUCUGCUGCAAUAGCCCAUCCGUGACAAGGACUGACAAGUUGUACCGUUCUUUUCCUGUUUGUGACCCACCUGUUAGCUUGCACGAUUCUUGUCAUUCUCCUUCGACCUUUCAUCAACGAGCUGUUUUCACCCAUACGACUGCUGCUAACUGGAUGUUUUUUGUUUGUCGCACCAUUCUCGGUAAACCCUAGACACUGCCUGGCCGUUUCUGAGAUACUGGAACCGGUGCGCCUGGCACCGACGAUCACGCCAUGCUCAAAGUCGCUUAUGUCACUCGUUUUGCCAAUUCGACCGUUCAAUCAAACAGUAACUGAAUGCCUCGAUGCCUGUCUGCCUGCUUUAUAUAGCAAGCCAAGGCCAGGUGACUCACUGUCUGUAGGAGCGAACCAUUUUCAUGAACAGGGUGGUGUACCUAAUACACACACAGUAAUCAAAAUAUAUUGUGGCCUUCAGUUAUUCUUCAAACUUGGAGUUUUGUUAGUAAAACGCUUGUGUUACAAUCAAUAUGUUAUGUUAUAUGCAUUCGGUGUAUGAUUUGCCUACUUUUUCUGACUUUCAAUCAGAAAUAUGGCUGUAUAAUAACCAAACAUAAUGUAAUAGCUCAUUUAUGCAAUGAUGAGAUUGGCUAAAUACACUUGUUUUUUGUAAUAUUUCAUUGGCAGUUAGUGAAAGAUAAUACCACGUCACUCAUCGUUGAAAACCAAUUACUAAACAGACAUGGUAACUUUUUGAAAAUAACAGUUGACUUUGAGAAAAUUCCCCCAGCACACAGACAAGUAAAUACUAAUCUGACGUACUGUAGAGCAUAUGGACAUACUGCCAUGCGCCUUGGGAAUAUAGCAACGUUUUGCAAGUGCCUCUAGAAAUGUUUUUAUUUUUUGGACAUAACUAUUUAUUUAUUGUUCUUUUAAAAAUCAUAAGCACAUGUUAAAGUAUUUAGCAUUAUUUUUUGUUGCAUCUGUCAAAAGUGUAAAGUGCAAAAGCUAUUUCUGUGAAAAACCAAUUAUAAAUUGUUAUUUUUUGUGUA